AUGGAAGCGUCCGCCAUUAACAUGCACUGUGCUCAGAGCAACUCAAUGGAGAAAGGAAUGUACAUUCAUGAACAAACAGGAACAAACAGAGUACUGAAGAAACACUCAUGCAUGGAUAUUAUUGCCGAAAGUGUUAUCGAGGAUUCGAUCAUGAAUAUCACAAGAUCAAAGAAACCUCAGACAGCCAAAAGAACGACAGGCGGUAAGUUGUAUUGUUGUAUACGGGGUUAA